AGGUUUUACUUUUUGUGCUUUCGAAUUGGAUAAAAAGGACGAGAACUCAGAAUUCGGAGCUGAGGCUGGGACAUGAAGGCAUCACCAGCAGCUCUCUGUGGAGCCGGGAUCACAAACAGGAGGGAGAAUGGCGGGUCUGUGGAAAUCCUACCAAGUGUUGAUGACCAAAUACCCAUGGAGUGUGCAGAUAGUGACUGCUGGGUCUCUGGUGGGUGUCGGGGAUGUGAUCUCCCAGCAGCUGAUUGAGAGGAGAGGGUUAAACAACCACAACGUAACGAGGACGGCCAAGAUGAUGAGCAUCGGGUUCUGCUUCGUGGGACCAGUGAUCGGCAGCUGGUACAAAGUCCUGGACCGCCUGGUGGUUGGAGGAACUAAAAGUGCUGCCAUGAAGAAAAUGCUGGCUGACCAGUUGUGUUUUGCUCCGUGUUUCCUGGGAGCGUUCCUCUCCAUCUCCGGAGCUCUGAACGGCCUGACGCUGGAGGAAAACGUCACCAAACUGAAGAGGGACUACACAGACGCGCUCAUCUCUAAUUACUACCUUUGGCCUCCGGUGCAGAUCGCCAAUUUCUACUUCAUUCCACUCCACCACAGGCUGGCUGUGGUGCAGAUCGUCGCUGUCGCCUGGAACUCCUAUCUGACCUGGAAAGUGAACAAGAUGUGAACCACGAUCACAAGUCCAGCUGUCUACAGGAUGAUGAUGUUACACUCAUUUGUAGUGUGUGCAUGUGUGUGUGGCAUGGUCUAACUUUGUUCUGCUGGUAUUUCCAAAGUGUAAAACUGUGACUGACUCAUUAUAAAGGUCGGGAGAAAGUGCUUGUCUACUCUGAAUGACACAUUCACACUUGAAAGUCAAACUUUGCAUAAAUGUCUGUGAAAGUUUGUUAUUUAUGGAAUCCGAUUUGGCAGUGGUGUAGCCACACGUACGCACAAUAACACACACACACACACACACACACACACACACACACACACACACACACACACACACACAUUCACAGCCACUGCUUACAAAAGAACAGCCUUCUAAAACAUCUACUUCAUCAAUCACUUGAAAUAAUGGUAAAUGUUCAUUUGUAAAACCUUAAUAGGUUGUCUCAUUUGUCUAUAAUAGUAGUGAAUUUUAAAACUGAUUCAUUUUAGUUUACAUACUCUAAAUAAUGUAAUACUACUUUAGUAACUAUUUUCUUACAAUUCUGGUCUAUUGAUGCGUCUUUGGUGAAGCUUUUAAUAAAUAAACUAUGUCUCUGGAAA